AUGCCCGUCCCGAAGCACAUCUUUGACCAGAUCAAGCGGCUGAUCCCGCCGCUCGACGGCUCGCUGCACAAGGGCCAGAGCGGGCGCAUCGGCGUCCUCGGCGGCGCCCAGGACUACACCGGCGCGCCGUUCUUUGCCGCCAUCUCCGCCUUCCGCGUCGGCUGCGACCUCUCCCACGUCAUCUGCGCGCCCACCGCCGCCCCCGCCAUCAAGUCCUACGCCCCCGACCUCAUCGUGCACCCCAUCCUCGCCCCGCCCUCCUCGCCCUCCUCCUCCCCCGACGCAGUCAAGUCCGAGCUCCAGUCCCUCCUCAGCCGUCUGCACGCCCUCAUCAUCGGCCCCGGCCUCGGCCGCGAACCGUACAUGCUCGACUACGCCAAGCUCGCGCUCGCCAUCGCGAAAGAGCGCGGCAUGUUCCUCGUCCUCGACGCCGACGCGCUCUGGAUGGUCGGCCAGGACCUCUCCCUCGUGCGCGGGUACCGCCGCGCGGUGCUCACCCCCAACGUCAUGGAGUUCAAGCGCCUCUCGGAACAGGUACAGAUCGACCCCUCGACGGAUCCCACGCGUGUCGCGAGCCUCCUCUCGCAGAAGCUCGGCGGGCUCACGGUCCUCCAGAAGGGCGCCACUGACGUGAUUGCGACGAACACGCUCGGCGCGGGCGAGGAGGACCGCGCAAAGAGCCAGGUGCCGCAGGGCGAGCGCGAGCAGGAGCUCGUCGUCACCGUCGACGUCCAGGGCGGGUACAAGCGCUGCGGCGGACAGGGCGACAUCCUCAGCGGCAGCGUCGGCGCCUUCCUCGCCUGGGGCAAGUGUUUCGAGGAGCGCGCGUUCGGUGCUGAAAAGAGUCUUAGCGACCAAACGAUCCCCCCGACCUCGCUCCCCAUUCUGGCAGCCACCGCCGGCUCGCUUGUCACGCGCACCGUCAGCAGGCGCGGCUUCGAGAAGAUGGGCCGCGCGAUGCUCACCGAGGACCUCGUCCCCGAGAUCGGCAAAGCAUUCGAGGAGGUCUUCGGGCACGAGGCGGCGCAUGGGCCGAAGCACCAGGGACAGGGCGGUGGGGUGUUGGGUGCGCUGGGCGGGGCGGCGAAGGGGGUGUUGUAGGGAGAUGAAGGGACCGGAAAGGGAGAGAAGAAAGACAGAGAUCUAUUAGAUUGUGUACAACAUAGAGCAAGAAACGGGGCUGCUGCUCGAUCGCUACUGGUCCGACG